AUGGCCUUUAAUUUGUUGAACCAAGUUUUAAUUGUACCUAAAAGUGAUGUACCAAUUAUUUCACCACACGAUAUUCCCGAGGCUGAUGGGUUUAUUUUUGGCUUCCCAACAAGAUUUGGGAUGAUGUCUGCCCAAUUCAAAGCAUUUAUGGAUGCAACUGGAGGUCUAUGGAGAACUCAGCAACUUGCAGGCAAACCUGCUGGGAUAUUCUAUAGCACCGGAUCUCAGGGUGGCGGACAAGAGACUACAGCGUUGACUGCAAUCACUCAGCUUGUUCACCACGGGAUGAUAUUCAUCCCCAUUGGAUACAGCUUCGGUGCUGGCAUGUUUGAGAUGGAGCAAGUGAAGGGUGGAAGCCCUUACGGUGCAGGAACCUACGCCGGUGAUGGAUCAAGAAUGCCAUCCGAACUUGAGUUUUCCACCAAAGGGAAGUACAUCGCCAAAGAAACUCAAGACAGCUGCCCUGAUUUCAAUUUACUACAACCCACUCCCACAACUUUUUUUUAUUUUUCUAUGGAAUUUUAA